AUUUGAAAAAAAAAAAAACAACCCCAAUUCCGGAAAAUUUUCAGAAAACACCUACCACCACGCUUGGUGGAAAAUACGAAAAACCCCACCACACUGGCUCGCAUGCCGAUCGCACAAAAUACUCCCUCGCGAACUGAAAUCUCACACAUAGUCCCCCACAACUCUCGUGGCCCGCAUGGUUUGAAAAACCGCAAAAUCACCCCAUGGAAGCCCCGAUGUCUCUUCACUUAUCUAAAACCCCUAAACCAAAGCCCUCUCUGUCUGUCUCGUCUAGCAACAAUGGCUUCGUUUUCAAUGGGAAUGGCCGCUGCCUUUUUCUCCUCCACUUGUCGCCAACAAACGAUCUUCCUUUCCAAACUCCCAACCACCCUCCUUUCCCUUCCAUUUAAACCUCAAACACGGAGAUUUUCUUUCAAAACAACGCCGUCUUCUUUUCAGUCCAAAUUCAUUGCUGUCAACUUCACCAAACUCAGCCGUAGGUUUUCCGUCGCUGCGAAUGCUACGACGGCAGCUGAUGAAUCUGACGUUGCCACGAAAAUUCCACCCGAUAAUAGAAUCCCUGCCACAAUUAUUACCGGUUUUUUAGGUUCCGGCAAGACGACAUUGCUCAAUCAUAUCAUGACAGCAAAUCAUGGGAAGCGCAUAGCCAUUAUUGAGAAUGAGUUUGGUGAAGUGGACAUUGAUGGUUCACUAGUUGCAGCCAAAACUACUGGGGCUGAGGACAUAGUUAUGCUUAACAAUGGCUGUUUGUGUUGCACAGUAAGGGGAGAUCUGGUGAGGAUGAUUUCUGAAUUAGUCAGUAAAAAGAAGGGGAAAUUUGACCAUAUUGUGAUCGAAACUACAGGAUUAGCAAACCCAGCGCCAAUCAUUCAGACAUUUUAUGCUGAGGAUUCUAUUUUUAAUGAAGUAAAGCUGGAUGGUGUUGUCACAUUGGUUGAUGCUAAACAUGCGGGUUUUCAUUUGGAUGAGGUUAAGCCAAAAGGAGUUGUCAAUGAGGCAAUAGAACAAAUUGCUUAUGCUGAUCGUGUCAUAGUAAAUAAGAUUGAUCUUGUUAGUGAGCCAGAGAUUGCUUCAUUGGUGGACCGAAUAAAGCACAUAAAUAGGAUGGCUUAUAUGAAGCGAACAGAGUUUGGAAAAGUUGACUUAGAUUAUGUUCUUGGAAUUGGAGGUUUUGAUUUGGAGAGAAUUGAGAGUGCUGUAGAUGCAAAGGAAGAUCAUGCUGGUCACCAUGACCAUGACCAUCAUCAUGAUCAUGACCAUCACGAACAUGACCACAAGCAUGAGCAUCAUGAUGGUCACCAUUCACACGAUCCCGGUGUCUCUUCUCUCAGCAUAGUUUGUGAAGGGAACCUAGAUCUGGAGAAGGCUAACAUGUGGCUUGGUACUUUAUUGUUAGAACGUAGUGAAGACAUAUAUCGAAUGAAAGGCCUCCUGUCCGUUCAAGGAAUGGAUGAAAGAUUUGUCUUUCAGGGUGUUCAUGACAUAUUUCAAGGCUCUCCUGAUCGGCCAUGGGGUCGAGAUGAACCGAGAAUAAAUAAGAUUGUGUUCAUUGGGAAGAAAUUGGAUGCAAAGGAAAUAGAGAAGGGGUUUAAAGCCUGUUUACUAUGAUCACCAAAACAAUCUAAUAUAUUGUCCUGACUCUUGACCGUAAAAAUGGAUUUUUGUGUGUAUGUAUUUAUGUAUGUUGGUUGUCAAUCCUAAAAUUUAAAGAAAAUAUGUAUAUUUGACCCAAGUUAAAAAUUCGGCAAUCACGAAAUUGGAUUGAAAUAAACUUUUUACCAAA